AUGGGGCUGUAUAAAUUGUUGCAACCAUCGGAGAUCUUCGAAAACCACGAAAUGGAGCAGUGCAUCGCCUGGAUUUGUGCCUUUCUAUGCAUUCUGCAAUCCCUUCGAGGGAUUCAGAGCACCACCUACGAGAUACUGGGCGAUGACAGGAUCUUGGAUAUUGUGUGCGAUGCUGCCGAGGAUAGGGGCAAUACACCGAUUCGUCAGAUUUUGGACAUUAGCGGCUUGACAGUCGAUAUGGCCGCAGAUCUGGAGACCCUGUACUUCAAUGGCGACAUCAAGGUGCUGAUUGAUGUGCCCAACAAUCCGAUGGCCAUGGAGGUCGAUGUAUUUCGCUGGGAGCGCAGCGAGUGGAUUCCCACCACGCUUGCCAUGAAGAGGGACAGCUUCUGCAUGUCCUUGUCAAAUCCCAUGGAGCUCUGGUAUCCCAUAUUUUUGAAAGUUCCCAAGGAGGAGAUGAUUUGUCCGCCGAAAAAGGGGCAUGUCUACAGGCUGGCCAAUGUGAGCAACCACGUGUUUGUGAGAAACAUGCCCUAUGCGAACAUCGCCGGAGAUGCGAAGGCCGUGGUCCAUCUGACCUCGGGAGAUAUAAAGACCUGUGCGGUGAUCUUCUUUAAGAUCUACGCCUCGGGCGAUUGA